AUGACGUCGUCUAUUACCCAAGUUACAGCCGCGCCCUCCCGAGUUAUCGUUGUCGGUUCAGGUCUAGCAGGUCUCUGUGCUUCUUCCGAGCUCGUCGCCAGAGGGGUGCCAGUCUAUAUUGUCGAACGCCAGCAGAAGCCCGGCGGAAACUCGAUCAAGGCGUCGAGCGGGAUCAAUGGUGUCCCCACGCGGUUUCAAGCCCCGGGGUCGGACACGGUGGCAGAGUUCUACGCCGACACCGUGAAAUCGGCCGGGGCAAGCUUCAGGGCCGCCAAGACAGAGGCAAGGCAGAAGCUCAUUUCGGAGCUGACGAGUUCCUCGGCGUCGGCGAUCAAUUGGCUUGUGGAUGAAAAGGGUAUCGAUUUGUCUCACGUCGCCCUACUAGGCGGCCACAGCCAUGCUCGAACACAUCGAGGAGGGGGCCCCACUCCACCCGGGGCCAGCAUUGUCUUGACGCUGUUGAAACUGCUCCAAGCGAGUCCUCUUGUGACUCUCCAAACAGGUACGACCGUCACAAAGAUUCUGAAGUCGGACAAUGGGGAGGUUGUAGGAGUGGAAGUCUCCCGCGAGGGCAAACCGGAGACGAUUGAAGGGCCCGUGAUAUUCGCGGCUGGCGGGUUUGCGGGUGACUCGUCCGGUCUGCUCGCUCAAUAUCGACCAGACCUAGCGGGAUUCCCAUCCACAAACGAAGCUCUCCCAGGGUCCCAGUCCUUGUUGGCUGAUGUCGGCGCCCAUCUGGUCGAUAUGGAACAAGUCCAGGUGCACCCGACGGGAUUCGUGGAUCCAAAGGAACCAUCCAAGCGGACCAAGUUCCUGGCGGCCGAAGUCUUGCGGGGAGAGGGUGGAAUCCUCCUAAGACAGGGCAAAAGAUUCAUCAACGAGUUGAAGAUAAGGAAGGAGGUAACAGAUGCCAUUAUAGCGCUACCUCCCAAAGACUUACAGCAGACCAAACAGUGGGAUAUCCAGAUCUUGUUGGACGAAGCCGCGUAUGAGACCGCAAAGGCACACAUCGACUUCUAUAUUUGGAAAGGGCUGAUGCAGAAGACGACAAUAUCAGAGCUGGAGCAUCCAGAGUUGGCUUUGGAGUCGAUAAAGGAAUACGCUGCCACAGUGCAAGGCAAACAUUCCGAUCCUCUGGGCCGAUCAUCAUUUGGCCAUUGGGGACUGGAAGAUCCGCAACCGGAAUCGACAGUCUACGUCGGCACCGUGACCCCAGUCGUGCAUUACACAAUGGGAGGAGCCAUAUUCUCGCCCGAGGCAGAAGUCCUGGACGACAGCGGGAAGCCAAUCAAGGGCCUGUGGGCGGCAGGGGAAGCCACAGGUGGCAUUCACGGAGAGAACCGGCUGGGAGGAAGCAGUCUGCUCGAGUGCGUCGUGUUUGGACGGAUUGCGGGUCGAAAUGCUGCCAAUUUCUUGGGGCCCAAAGCUCUGUAG